ACCAGUUAUUGAACAAGUGCGCAUCAAAGUUUCUCUUGUAAAUAAAUUACGAUAAUUUAAUAAUAAGCUUAACGUAAUUAUCAAAGUUAUGAAAUAAAUUGCUGAAGUAGGAACGGCGAACCUGUGGCAUGGAGUGAAAUAAUGUCGGCACAUCGGGAACAAUUUAUUUGAUGCAUUUACAAAGUUUUACAACAUUAUCAUGAAAGUAAAUUGUUUGGCAUCAACAUGCAAAAGCAAAAGUCAUUUUUAUAUAUUUUUUAAUUAAAAAGUUUAUGUGGAUUCCCUCGUUUUGUUUGAUAGUCAAUAUUUUACUUUCUUCUACCUUCGCGCGACAUUUGUUCUGUGUGUUUAUUUACGAUAAAACCAACAAAUCGUGUUAAGUGUUUCUACAUUCGUCGUCGUACCUACACACAUGGCCUACGCUAAUGGCAGCAAAAAGCACUGGGAUGAAGAGGAAACGUCAUAUUCGUCCGCGAGCCAUAGCGAUGAUAGUCCAAUAUUGUCAUAUAGGCAUGAUAAGCGUCGGUUCGCGUCGUACACACCCGUCCUGCCCACCCAGCCGGAGGACAGGGAGCGGAGGUCCACAUUAUCUGUGGUCGGCAAGUUUUGCCUGUUCAGUGUUGCCAUGAUAAUGUUCUGUGUCCUCAUGUACGUACCUGUCUAUAAUAAGGCUAACUACCAUUUGCCCAAAGGCAUAGUAGCAGGAUGGUCGGCCCAUACAAACCGCGACACAAAGAUUUACGUCCAACCAAACAACGUGACUAUCAUUCACGAACCUAAACAUGUAUGUGAAACAAGUAAACAGAACAAAUUAUUUCUCCUCAUCAUCGUCAGUUCGUCUACUGGACACUUUAGGAGACGCAAGGCCAUCCGUGAAACGUGGGCGGAUUAUAACAAUUACAAAAAGUACCAAAAAAUAUUUAACGAAGUCAGAGAUAAGUACAAAAAGUAUGAUUUCAGUUACGAUUUGUUCCCAAGAGAUGAUGAGAAGCAUUUAGGCGAGAAAUAUCUCGGGAAAGAUUUCUAUCUGCCGUUAAAUAACACCAAAAUACCGCGGAAGAGAAUAAAGAAGGACAUAUCUAGUUUUAAGCAGCUAAUACCGGUUUUAGCUGAAGCUAUUAAUCAUAUAAACUUGACAAAGACUGAUGAUGUACCUGAGAAGAGAUUCGAUGAUGAUGAUGAUAUGCUGCAAGGGUUUGACAUGAACAAAGAAAUUGGGACUCAAACUGAAAGCACGGAGAGUUUCGAUUACGAAUACGAUACUAACAUUAUGAAGAUCCCGCCGGCGGGGUACGAAGACUUAGAGGAACCAAAAGAUCUGAACAAAAUUAUUGCUUUAUUAAAAAAGUCUAAAGAUAUUAGAAAAGUGGAGGAAAAUGUCGCUGAUGAUGGCAACACUGAGCGGGAUUUCAGAGUGGUGUUUCUAUUGGGGUUGCCAGUUAAUAAAACCUUGCAGAGUAUGAUAGAAGUGGAGGUUGAUACAUACGGUGAUAUAAUACAAGAGGGAUUUAUUGAUUCUUACAAUAAUUUAACUUUAAAAUCCAUUAUGAUGUUGAAGUGGAUCACGAAUAAGUGCAAUGAUAGAGUUCGCUACAUCCUAAAGACUGAUGACGACAUGUACAUAAACGUGAUGAAUCUCCUGCUCACGCUGCGCAAUAGAUCUGCGCAGUACGACAAGAAGGUAGCUGAAGGGUUUAAGAGCAAGGAGUAUAUGUUGAUUGGAGACCUCAUCAGCGGGGCCCGGCCUGUCUCCGACUUGCACAGCAAAUGGUACACACCUCGCUAUAUGUACGACGGGCGCGUUUACCCGCACUACCUCUCGGGAACUGCGUACGCGUUUUCAUCCCCCGCCGCGCAUGCGCUGUACCAAGCCGCGCUCGCGACACACUAUUUCCAUCUAGAGGACAUCUAUAUCACGGGUAUGUGCGCUCUCCGCACGCGUCCUCGCGUCAUUCCUCGGGACGAGCCCCUCUUCUCCUACCAGUCUGAGAGCUCUGAGGAGAGCAACGUGUGCUGUGGUCACGCGCGUAUCACUGUCCACAGGGUGCGGCCCGCUGUUAUACGGGUGUUACAGGGCCGCUUGCUGGUGCCAGCUGACGUCGACAGGUGCGAAAGAAUCCGUCUGACCAAGAUAAGGGAGCAGAGGAGUAUAUUUUACGGUUUUAAAAAAUAUUUCCGCCUGUUACCCAUUAAUAUAUGUUGCUUAGAGUAGCUUAGAGUGAAAUCCUUGUUAUAUUUUUUGUUAAAUCAAUGCUACUUUAUUUGAAAUUAUCGGCUACUUAAUCAACCAUCGAAGUAUUUGCACAAUGUAUUUUACAAAGUAUUAUAACAUGAAAAUAUGUGGAUAUUGCUAAAAGAUAUCAAACCGAAUCCUUAAUGCUGGUUGCAAUGAGCUGUUGGCUUGAAGUCGUAA